CACUGGGGACGCCAGCUAGACCGAGCCCUGGGAGCCGGGUUUUGCGCUCCGGCGCCUCUAGCGGCGGCCCCCAGAAGUCUGACUCGCGAGGCCCGAGUUGCAAGGACUGAACAGCAAACUGAGGCUGAGUAGGGAACAGACCAUGAGGUCAGUGCAGAUCUUACUCUCCCAAUGCCGAUUGCUCCUUGUACUAGUUCCGACAGUGCUCCUUCUUAACUCUCUUGGCGAAGAUGUAAUUUUUCACCCUCAAGGGGAGUUUGACUCGUUUGAAAUCACCAUUCCCGAGAAGCUGAGCUUCCGGGGAGAGGUGCAGGGUGUGGUCAUUCCCGUGUCCUACCUACUGCGGUUAAAAGGCAAGAAGCAUGUCCUCCAUUUGUGGCCCAAGAGAUUUCUGUUGCCCCGACAUCUGCGCGUUUUCUCCUUCACAGAACAUGGGGAACUGCUGGAGGAUCAUCCUUAUAUACCCAAGGACUGCAACUACAUGGGCUCCGUGGAAGAGUCUCUGGACUCUAAAGCUACUAUAAGCACAUGCAUGGGGGGCCUCCGAGGUGUAUUUAACAUUGAUGCCAAACAUUACCAAAUUGAGCCCCUCAAGGCCUCUCCCAGUUUUGAACAUGUCGUCUAUCUCCUGAAGAAAGAGCAGUUUGGGAAUCAGGUUUGUGGCUUAAGUGAUGAUGAAAUAGAAUGGCAGAUGGCCCCUUAUGAGAAUAAGGCGAGGCUAAGGGAUUAUCCUGGAUCCUAUAAACACCCAAAGUACUUGGAAUUGAUCCUACUCUUUGAUCACAGUAGGUAUAGCUUUGUGAACAACAAUCUUUCUCAAGUCAUACAUGAUGGCAUUAUUUUGACUGCGAUUAUGGACACCUACUUUCAAGACGUUCGUAUGAGGAUACACUUAAAGGCUCUUGAAGUAUGGACAGAUUUUAACAAAAUACGCCUUGGACAUCCAGCGUUAGCUGACGUUUUAGGCAGAUUUGUAAUAUAUAAAAAAAGUAUAUUAAAUGCUCGACUGUCAUCAGAUUGGGCACAUUUAUAUCUUCAAAGAAAAUAUAAUGAUGCUCUUGCGUGGUCUUUUGGAAAAGUGUGUUCUCUAGAAUAUGCUGGAUCAGUGAGUACUUUACUAGAUGCAAAUAUCCUUGCCCCUGCCACCUGGUCUGCUCAUGAACUGGGUCAUGCUGUAGGGAUGUUACAUGAUGAACAAUACUGCCAAUGUAGGGGUAGGCCUAAUUGCAUCAUGGGCUCAGGACGCAGUGGGUUUAGCAACUGCAGUUAUAUCUCUUUUUUUAAACAUAUCUCUUCGGGAGCAACAUGUCUAAAUAAUAUCCCAGGAAUACGUUAUGUGUUUAAGAGAUGUGGAAACAAAAUUGUGGAAGACAAUGAGGAAUGUGAUUGUGGUUCUACAGAGGAGUGUCAGAAAGAUCGGUGUUGCCAAUCAAAUUGUAAGUUGCAACCAGGUGCCAACUGUAGCACUGGACUUUGCUGUCAUGGUUGUCGGUUUCGUCCAUCUGGAUACAUGUGUAGGCAGGAAGAAAAUGAAUGUGACCUUGCAGAGUACUGUGACGGGAAUUCAAGUUCCUGCCCAAACGAUGUUUACAAGCAGGAUGGAACCCCUUGCAAGUACAAAGGCCGUUGUAUCAGGAAGGGGUGCAGAUCCAGAUACAUGCAGUGCCAAAGCAUUUUUGGACCUGAUGCCAUGGAGGCUCCUAGUGAGUGCUAUGAUGCAGUUAACUUAAUAGGUGAUCAAUUUGGUAACUGUGAGAUUACAGGAAUUCGAAAUUUUAAAAAGUGUGAAAGUGCAAAUUCAAUAUGUGGCAGGCUACAGUGUAUAAAUGUCAAAACCAUCCCUGAUUUGCCAGAGCAUACGACUAUCAUUUCUACUCAUUUAGGGGUAGAAAAUCUCAUGUGCUGGGGCACAGGCUAUCAUCUAUCCAUGAAACCCAUGGGGAUACCUGACCUGGGUAUGAUAAAUGAUGGCACCUCCUGUGGAGAAGACCGGGUAUGUUUUAACAAAAAUUGCGUCAAUAGCUCAGUCCUGCAGUUUGACUGUUUGCCUGAGAAAUGCAAUACUCGAGGUGUUUGCAACAACAGAAAAAACUGCCACUGCAUGUAUGGCUGGGCACCUCCAUUCUGUGAGGAGGUGGGGUAUGGAGGAAGCAUUGACAGUGGGCCUCCAGGACUGUUCGGAGGGGAGAUUCCCCGGUCAAUUCGGAUUGUGUCCAUCAUAAUGUUUCGCCUUUUUUUAUUAAUCCUUUCAGCGGUUUUUGUGUUUUUCCGACAAGAGAUAGGAAACUAUUUAAAAUCCAAACAGGAAAAAAUGCCACCAUCCAAAGCAGAAACUGAACAGGAAGAAUCUAAAACAAAAACUGGAGAGGAAGAAUCUAAAGCAAAAACCGAACAGGAAGCAUCUAAAGCAAAAACCGGACAGGAAGCAUCUAAAGCAAAAACUGGACAGGAAGCAUCUAAAGCAAAAACUGGACAGGAAGCAUCUAAAGCAAACACUGAAAGUAAAGGACCCAAAGCAAAGAGUGUCAAGAAAGAAAAAAAGUAACCAGUUAAUCCAUACUCAUUCAGUAACACACGCUCAUUUAUUUAACCAGCUAAGCAUUUAUCCAAAGGCUUUCCAUUCUUCUCCCAAUAUUUUUUUACUUUAAUUUUUCCCACAAGUUUUAAUCAGCAAAUAAAUGGCAUUCUUGUUUUGAA